AUGUGGAAUAGUAUUCUGGAUUCAUUCUUCAUUUUAUAUGCUUUCACGCCAAUUUUAUUGCAUCAGAUUCUUGUGAAACUUCUGGAUUCAUUCUUCAUUUUAUAUGCUUUCACGCCAAUUUUAUUGCAUCAGAUUCUUGUGAAACGUUAUAUUGUUAAUCUGUAUUAUAAUCCUGAAACACAGGUACUUUUUGUUGCUGUUCAUUUUUACUAG